UAUCACGUUAACGUAUAUUCUGACAUAUGAUUGAUCUGGCAAACAGUGUUGCUUUCGUUAGAUUGAUGGUAACGUACAAUAGCAAAGUGUUAAGACAUUUGUAAGGUAAUUUUGUAUUUGAAAUGGAUGAAAAACAUUUCUUCGUUCAAGUUCUGAUUUUGUUUGCUGGCUUGAUUGCUAUAGAUGGUCAACCAUUAUGUCCAUACACAGAGCGUUACCGAUGCAGUGCUGUGGGAAAAACUUGUACUGUGGUAAGGAAUGGCUAUGGUCCACAGACAUAUGAUUGUUUAAAUAUUAGACAGGCAAGACGACUACAGAUGGCGAUAAACAGAGGCCGGACAGACCGUGGUUGGGAUGUGGGACAUUCAGAAUUUUAUCUCUACCCAGGAAGGAGAUAUGGUCGUGGUCGUUAUCCUAGUUUCCGACGGCGUCAUGGUGGUAGAGUUUUCGCUCCUGUAGUAGGUGGCGCCGAAAUUCCGAUUGACAUUGGACGACCUCAUAAGCCAAUUGGCGUUGCUGCUGAAGUUGUACCAACAAUCGAUGGUGGCCAAGUUGCUUCUAGGCCAAAUGUAAUCGAAGACAGCUCUGGUCGUGCAAGGCAGAAUUUGAACAUAGAAAACAACAACGAUAAUACAAAUGUGAGACGCAAUAGUGGUAACGUCCAGGUUAGCCAAACUAGCUCAAAUACUGCGGCGACUGAACCUGUUGCUGAUCCUGGAAUCUUUCCUGUAAUCCUAGAACCAGUAGUUGAUCCAAUGCUCCCGGAACUUCAAGGCCCGGUAGUUGAUCCAGGCCUUACACUUGAACCAGGUGUUAAUGAAGGGAUACCUCUAGGAUCAGUUCUUAAUCCAGGCACUCCUAUUGGACCGGUAGUUGUGUAAAUAUAUUCAGGCAACGUUUUGAUUUCAAGACUAUGUAAAUUAUACUAGAGAAUGUAUGGACGAAAUCACCACUUAUACCAAGAAAGUCAAAAGAAUUUGUGAUUUGUUUUGUGACUUUUUUGUUCUCUUUAAGGCGUCAGUGCAAACAGAAACUUUAAGAGUUCAUUUUUAUUUCAUUAAAUACCUAAAAAGCACGUUUUAUGUCCACAUUCUUAUAAAUUGUAUAAAAACAUCAACCGAUGUAACAAUAUUUCCAAUGAAUAUGACCGUGUCAUAUAAUCAUAACAUUUAAUAUAAAUGCACUGAUAAUUUUGAAAUAUGACAAUUAGACCGAACACCUUACAGUUAAGAUUUAAAACUUAAUGAUUAUACGUACUGAACAAAACAGGUAACUUGCCAUUCACUUUUUUCCAUUAUCAUUAAAAUAACGGAAAGUACUUUAUUUGAAUUAAGCAAACAUAUCGAUCAGCAUGAUAAAAAUAACAUAUUAAAAUUUUAAAAAUCGAAUAAAACAAAGAUAUAAUAUUAUUAUUUUUACUACAACAUCCCAUUUUUAAAGAUCACAAAAAUACAUAUAAAAGUUUUAUAAAACGAGGGAAUACCAUUUAUAAGAAUACAGGGGUGUUGAUUUUAAUUUGUUACUAGAAACUGGUUGAAUAUCACAUACUUUGAUAUGCCUCUUUUUGAGAUUUUAUUUUGUUCUUGAUGCCAUUUUCUUCUCUCAUAACAUUUUCCGCUAGUUUGUAAAUUAUUUAUAUUUCAGUGUAUUUUUGUGAUUUAUGAAAAUGAGAUAAUGGCAUUUAUAUAAUGUGUUGAAAUUUUGAAAUAUUAUCUUUUAGCGUACGUAAAAUAAAGCUACAUUUUACUAUAUGCAUUUUGAUUUAACAUCUCCGAUAGAUAAAUGAAGGUAAACUACAUUUCAUUUAAAUUUUUUGUUAAUUACUAAAAAAAUCAAGCGUUCUGGGAAGUUAUACUGGGAGGAAAACAUUUUAAUAAAAUCUAAAUUUAUAAUCGGAUGUCAUUUCAUUUUUGUACAAACAUAUCCGUCAUCCUUGUACUAUAUGAACUUUUUAAACAUAAAUUGUUGCAAACUAUAGUAUGUUUGUUUAAAUUCUAUGUUUAUUAUUGAAACAUUAAGAGUUCUGUGAAAUUAUACUACAAGAACACAAUAACAGAAAAAAAUCUAGAAACUUCUGACCAAAGUCUAAAAUUAGCCUGUUUAAGGAGUAAAAUGCGGUCCAGCAUUACAAUAAACUUUAUGUCAAGUCACAAUCC